UGGAAACUGGUUACAUUUAAUAUAUCUGUACCCAAGGAUGAGGGAAGUGGCGGGAGCGGGACUUCCAUUGUUUUCCUUUUGACAAUGUGCGGGAGAAAGGAGCAGAUGGAAGAAAAGCCCGAGUGGUUCUCGCAUUCGCCCGGAAUAAAGCGGAACGACGACGAGAGGAGGGAGAAGAGCUGGAAGCCCCGUCCCAGCGGCGCUCGUCGUUCUGUUGUGAAUUGAAUGAUAAUUGUCAGAUGCGCGUCAACAUGCCGCAUGCACCUUGGCUUGCUCGUGUUUGCUUGGUGCUCUUUCGGUAAGCGAUGGGCCUUUUUGUGAUCUAGGAGCAGGGAUGAAGAAGAGUUCGUCUUCACCCUGUAGCCCGGAGCGCAUCUUGCGAGGAUUGUAUACAAGAAGAAUCUGAAUUUUAAACUUUUUCUCCUUUUUAUCAGCCACGACUUGGGAUCACGCAACAAAAGAAGGGAGCUAUAUAGAAGAGUGGCGAUUUUCCAGGUGUAAAAACAAACAAACAAACAAGCAAAAAAAAAAAAGAGAAAACGUUAAUAAAACUGAAUACAAUAAUUCGUCCGGUGUAAACGAACAGUAGGUUCUCUGAGCGGACAGGGGCACACAGUGACACACCGAUGCGGACUGCGAGCUGGGAAAACGGCGCGUGUUGUGAUGCUUCUUCUGCCUGUCGUGUCUGAUGUCACAUUGCUGGAUUUCUUCUCCGGGAUCUGCGCGUUUCUAGAAUGGCUCGUUUCGGAGACGAUCUACCCGCCCGCUACGGAGGCGGCGGCGGCGGCGGUCCGGCGGGCGCCGGCAGAGGGGCGAGCCGGCAGGGAGGCCCCCCGGGCGGCCAGAGGAUGUACAAGCAAACGAUGGCUCAGAGAGCCCGGACAAUGGCCAUAUACAACCCGAUUCCCGUCAAGCAGAACUGCUUCACCGUCAACCGCUCUCUCUUCAUCUUCAGCGAAGACAACAUCAUACGGAAGUACGCCAAGAAAAUAACGGAAUGGCCUCCAUUUGAGUACAUGAUCUUAGCCACCAUCAUUGCCAACUGCAUCGUUCUGGCUUUGGAGCAGCAUCUACCAGCCAAUGACAAGACCCCCAUGUCAGAGCGCCUGGAUGAUACAGAGCCCUACUUUAUUGGAAUAUUCUGUUUUGAAGCUGGAAUUAAGAUCAUCGCCCUCGGCUUUGCAUUUCAUAAAGGCUCAUACCUCCGAAAUGGCUGGAACGUAAUGGAUUUCGUGGUCGUCUUAACAGGGAUUCUGGCCACUGUGGGCUCUGACUUUGAUCUGCGGACCCUCAGGGCUGUGCGAGUCCUACGUCCUCUCAAACUUGUGUCUGGAAUUCCAAGCCUCCAGGUAGUGCUGAAGUCCAUCAUGAAGGCCAUGGUGCCCCUGCUCCAGAUAGGUCUCCUGCUUUUCUUUGCCAUUGUCAUGUUCGCCAUCAUUGGUGUAGAGUUCUACAUGGGCAAGUUCCACUACACCUGCUUCAGGAUUGACACGGGAGAGCAGGUGGCAGACUUCCCUUGUGGCCAGGAGCCGCCGUCCCGGACCUGUUCCAACGGCACCAAGUGCCAGGAGUACUGGACUGGCCCAAACUUUGGCAUCACCAACUUCGACAACAUCCUCUUUGCAGUGCUAACCGUCUUCCAGUGCAUCACCAUGGAGGGCUGGGUGGACAUCCUGUACAAUGCCAAUGACGCCUCAGGGAACACGUGGAACUGGCUCUACUUCAUCCCUCUCAUCAUCAUCGGCUCCUUCUUCAUGCUCAACCUUGUUCUGGGAGUCUUGUCAGGAGAGUUUGCCAAGGAGCGGGAGCGAGUGGAGAAGAGACAGGAGUUCCUGAAGCUGCGCCGACAACAACAGAUUGAGAGGGAGCUUACCGGAUACCUGGAAUGGAUUUGCAAGGCAGAGGAGGUCAUGCUAGCAGAGGAGGACAAGAAUGCUGAAGAGAAGUCCCCCCUGGAUGGUGCCUGGUACAAGAGGAAGCAUAACAACCCAGUGCUGAAAAGAGCUAAAGCCAAGAAGAGCAAUGACCUCAUCAGUGCUGAAGAGGGUGAGGACCAUUUCACUGACAUCUCUUCUGUAGGGUCACCCUUUGCCCGCACAAGCCUGAAGAGCAGCAAGAAUGAGAGCUCCUCCUACCUCCGUCGCAAGGAAAAGCGGCUGCGCUUUUUCAUCCGCCGCAUGGUCAAGUCUCAGAGCUUUUACUGGGUGGUGCUGUGCCUGGUGGGCCUCAACACACUGUGUGUGGCCAUCGUGCACUACGGCCAGCCCCACUGGCUCACCUACGCACUCUACUUGGCAGAAUUUGUUUUCUUGGGCCUGUUCCUGACGGAGAUGACCCUUAAGAUGUAUGGUCUGGGACCCCGGAACUAUUUUCAUUCCUCCUUCAACUGCUUUGACUUUGGGGUGAUUGUGGGCAGUAUUUUCGAGGUGGUGUGGGCAGCUAUCAAGCCAGGUGCCUCUUUCGGCAUCAGUGUGCUGAGGGCUCUUCGACUGCUCAGGAUAUUCAAAGUGACAAAGUACUGGAAUUCCCUGCGGAACUUGGUAGUCUCUCUUCUUAACUCCAUGAAGUCCAUCAUCAGCUUGCUCUUCCUGCUCUUCCUCUUCAUCGUGGUGUUUGCCCUGCUUGGAAUGCAGCUCUUUGGGGGGCAGUUUAACUUUGAUGAAGAGACACCUACAACAAACUUUGACACAUUCCCUGCAGCCAUUCUUACAGUCUUUCAGAUUCUGACAGGAGAAGACUGGAAUGCAGUGAUGUAUCAUGGUAUUGAGUCUCAGGGAGGAGUUCAUCGUGGAAUGUUUUCCUCUAUCUAUUUCAUUGUUCUCACUCUCUUUGGAAACUAUACCCUACUCAAUGUCUUCUUGGCCAUUGCUGUCGACAACCUUGCAAAUGCACAAGAACUCACAAAGGAUGAAGAAGAGCAGGAGGAAGCAAUCAAUAAAAAGCUUGCCCUCCAAAAGGCCAAGGAGGUAAAGGAGGUCAGCCCCAUGUCGGCAGCUAACAUUUCCAUUGCAGCUUUUGUAAAGCAAAAUCGAGGUGCAACCUCACACAGCUCAUCUGUCUCCAGCGUUAACUCACCCAAGGAGCAGCAGAAGUCCCUGAAGAUGAUGUCGGUGUGGGAGCAGCGAACAUCGCAGCUGCGCAGACACAACAUGCGUGCCAGCUGUGAGGCCCUGUACAGUGAGUUGGACCCGGAGGAGCGCCUUCGAAUGUCCUCUGCCCUCCACAUUCGACAUGACAUGAAAACCCAUCUAGAUCGCCCCCUGGUGGUGGAGCCCUGCAGCAAGCCUGUUGAGCGAGAGGGGGUUACUCCUGAGGAGGGCGGGCCCCCCACAGAGGCUGUGCCACACCCGCGUAAGCACCAUCGCCACAGACAAACGGAUGACACCAACGGGAAUGGCGACACGGGCAACGGCAAAGAGGGGAGACACCACAUCCAUCACAGCCGCAGCAAGGAACACGACAGUUCGCGGGGCAAGGAGGGCAAGAGUGAGCGUAGCCGCAGCCGGGAGGGGGGCAGGAGGCACCACCACCAGACAUCUGUGGAUGAGGGAGGCGGAACAGGAGAGAAAGAACACCGCCGGCACCACGGGCACCGGCACACCCGUGAGGGCAAUGGCACGGUCAGCAAUGGAGGGAAGGGCGAGCGCCGGGCACGGCACAAGGAUGGAUCGCGCUCCACCAAUCGGGAGGGCGACAAGGGGCCGGGGUGCAGCAAGGGUGACAACGGAGCUAACGGGGAGCGGAGGCGGCACAGGCCUCGCGGCCCCAGGACCCAAUCCGCAGUGGAGGGAGAGGAACACAGGGAGAACGUGGAAAGAGAGGACAGCAGGGUCUUUGGCCAGAGGGACAGACAAGCAGACGUGGAAGGAGACUCACUGGCCAUCACCCCUCAGCAGCAGAUCCCUGCUGGUCAAAGAUGGGUGGGCGACAAGGUGGAGGAUGCAGAUAAUCAGAAGAACAUCAAGAGGACGGGUCAGAUGGGCAUCAACACAAACCCAGUUCACAUCCCUGUCACCAUUACAUCCCCGCCUGGAGAAACCACUGUCUUAUCGAUGAACAACGUUGAUUGUGAGACCCUUCCAAUGAACGAGGAGAAGAAGAGCUUGGAGGAUCAGACCAAGAACGGACCCAAACAGAUUCUGCCCUACAGCUCCAUGUUUGUCUUCAGCCAGACCAACCCGGUUCGCCGCCUUUGCCAUUACAUAGUGAGUCUGCGCUACUUUGAGAUGUGCAUCUUAGUGGUGAUUGCCAUGAGCAGCAUAGCGCUGGCAGCCGAAGACCCCGUACAUGCCAAUGCCACACGAAACAAUGUGCUGAAGUACCUUGAUUAUGUCUUCACUGGGGUUUUCACAUUUGAAAUGGUGAUCAAGAUGGUGGAUUUAGGCUUGUUGCUUCACCCUGGUGCCUACUUCCGUGAUCUGUGGAACAUCCUGGAUUUCAUUGUGGUCAGCGGAGCACUCGUAGCCUUUGCAUUUUCGAGCUUCAUGGGAUCGCAACAAGGUGUGACCAGAGGCACCAAAGGGAAGGACAUCAGCACCAUCAAGUCCCUCAGGGUCCUACGUGUCUUGCGGCCUCUCAAGACCAUCAAGCGGCUCCCCAAGUUAAAGGCUGUGUUUGACUGUGUGGUGAACUCCCUGAAGAACGUGCUCAACAUCCUCAUUGUCUACUUGCUCUUCAUGUUCAUCUUUGCCGUCAUCGCCGUGCAGCUUUUCAAGGGCAAGUUUUUUUUCUGCACUGAUGAGUCCAAGGGGCUGGAGAAGGACUGCAGGGGUCAGUUCCUGUACUACGACAAUGACGAGGUUUCUGCUGAGCCCCGUGAGUGGAAGAAGUAUGAAUUCCACUAUGACAAUGUGCUGUGGGCCUUCCUCACUCUCUUCACAGUGUCCACAGGAGAAGGCUGGCCAACGGUCCUGAAGCACUCAGUGGAUGCCACCUUUGAGGACCAGGGUCCCAGCCCGGGCUUCCGCAUUGAGAUGUCCAUCUUCUAUGUGGUCUACUUUGUUGUUUUCCCCUUCUUUUUCGUCAACAUCUUUGUGGCCCUCAUCAUCAUCACCUUCCAGGAACAGGGAGACAAGGCCUUGUCUGAGUGCAGCCUUGAGAAAAAUGAGAGAGCCUGCAUUGACUUUGCCAUCAACGCCAAACCUCUGACACGCUACAUGCCUGAGAACAAACAGUCCUUCCAGUACAGGAUGUGGAAAUUUGUUGUGUCUCCACCCUUUGAGUACUCCAUUAUGGCCAUGAUCGCCCUCAACACUGUGGUGCUCAUGAUGAAGUUUUACGGAGCUCCAGAAGUCUACGAGGCCAUGCUCAAGUAUCUCAACAUUGUAUUCACAGCCCUGUUCUCUCUUGAGUGCAUUCUCAAAAUCAUAGCAUUUGGACCACUGAAUUACCUCAAGGAUGCUUGGAAUGUGUUCGACUUUGUGACCGUGUUGGGCAGUAUAACUGAUAUCUUGGUCACAGAGAUCAAGACAUCGCACAAGCUGAUCAACCUGAGCUUCCUGCGGCUCUUCAGGGCUGCACGGCUCAUCAAGCUGCUGCGGCAGGGGUACACCAUCCGCAUCCUCCUGUGGACCUUUGUGCAGUCCUUUAAGGCCCUUCCAUAUGUUUGCCUAUUGAUUGCCAUGCUGUUUUUCAUCUACGCUAUCAUUGGGAUGCAAGUGUUUGGAAACAUCGAGCUCAAUGAGGACACGGCUAUCAACCAUCACAACAAUUUCCGCACUUUUCUCCAGGCGCUCAUGCUGCUGUUCAGGAGUGCUACCGGAGAAGCCUGGCAUGAAAUCAUGCUGUCGUGUCUCAGUCACCGGCCCUGCGACGUGGACUCCGGCACCACUGGCAAGGAGUGUGGCAGUGAUUUUGCCUAUUUCUACUUUGUCUCCUUCAUCUUCCUGUGCUCCUUCCUGAUGCUGAACCUGUUUGUGGCGGUCAUCAUGGAUAACUUUGAGUACCUGACGAGGGACUCCUCCAUACUUGGACCCCAUCACCUGGACGAGUUCAUCCGUGUCUGGGCUGAAUACGAUCCCGCAGCUUGUGGCCGCAUCAAGUACCUCGAUAUGUAUGAGAUGCUGCUCCACAUGUCCCCACCAUUAGGUUUGGGAAAGAAAUGUCCGCCAAGAGUCGCCUACAAGCGGCUGGUGAAGAUGAACAUGCCCAUCGCUGAUGACAACACGGUGCACUUCACCUCUACGCUCAUGGCCCUCAUUCGCACUGCGCUGGAGAUCAAGCUUGCAUCAGGGAUGGUGGCACAGCGCCUGUCUGAUGCUGACCUAAAGAAGGAACUUGCAACAGUCUGGCCAAACCUAUCCCAGAAGACCUUGGACCUACUUGUAACACCACACAAACCCAACGAGUUGACAGUGGGCAAGGUGUACGCAGCCCUCAUGAUCUUUGACUACUACAAGCAGAACCGAGCCAGAAGACUGCAGCAGCAGCAGGAGCAGCAGCAGCAACAGCAGCAGCAGCAAUCGUCCACCACAGACACUCAGAGUAAAGUUAGUGCCCUGCUCAAGCCCAUCCUGUCAGUGCCAUUUGUGUCGGACCAGGAGUUACCUGUGAGCCACGCCAAGUCUCCACCUGAGGGCAGACCUCCACCCACCACCACCUCUCUCAACAAUGGUGGCACCUUGCAAGGCCAAGACAACGUGAUGAAGGUCUCAACUUCUUGGGUUGCGGAAAAGUCGCAGGAUUCCCGCAGAACCAAAAAUAAACAGAAAGUUCAGAGAGGACAAUCAGAGGAAACCCCAAACGCACCCAGACCUCAGGAGUCAGUGGAGAUGAAGAAAAUGAAGCAGAGUGACAGUGCAGAAAGCCACUCUGGUCUGGAGAGCCAAGGCAGAGCAGCAUCCAUGCCAAGGCUCAACACUGAGACCCAGUGGAACCACUCCCGUGGCCCCCCGGGGAUGUACCUAGCACCUAUUCCUGAUGGCAGCCCCAUGAAGCGUUCCGUGUCCACCCUGGCACCACAGCAUCACCAGGAGGCCGGCACGCGUGACCCAGGCUCAGAGCGGCCGGCACAGGAAAGACCCCACCACCACCACCAUCAUCACCGCUGCCACCACCGCAGGGGCAGAGAGAGGAAGCAGCGCUCGCUGGAUCGGUCUCCUGGCAGGCAGCAGUCUGGCACGGCAGGAGAGCCACCAGGAGCCUCUUCAUGCCAGGAAAGGGUGUACGACCGAGGCCGUUCCCAUGAAAGGAAGCAUCACUCCUCCUCCUCAGAGAAGCAGCGAUACUACUCCUGCGACCGCUACGGCAGCCGUGAGCGCUGCCACACCAAGUCAGCCACCGCCAGCCGUGCUGCAUCUCCUGGCGAGGCACCAGAGGCCAGUCUUAACAAGCAGGGCAGUGGUUCAGCUAAAGGGGGCCCUGUGAUGCUGACAUCAGGGGGUAGCACUCCUCGUGGACGCAGACAGCUUCCCCAGACCCCUCUUACCCCUCGCCCCAGCGUGGCCUAUAGGACCGCCAACUCCUCCCCUGUGCAAUUUGGCUUUGCCCAGGCCGGCCAGCCCUCCCUGUGCUCGGGCAGGCUGAGCCGCGGGCUGUCGGAGCAUAUGGCCCUCCAGCACAGUGGCUCGGAUCAGCCCUCACCUGUGUCUCGCAUUGGCUCUGACCCGUACCUGGGCCACAGUGAUCAGCAGGCUGAGCUGCACUCCGCCCUCCCAAAGGAGCCUAGCGUCCCCAUGGAUGAGCCCCCUCCGUGGACCGGCACUCCUCAUGUUGUGGCCCUACCCCCACCCCCUCAGGAGAGCCGCGGGGUCCCCAACGGAUACCACUGCACACUGGGACCCACCUCAUGCUCCAGGUACAAGGGCACCAGGUACUACCAGAGGGGCGAAGAGGACGACUGGUGCUAGCAUGGCUUUAACACGUGGAAAUGCAGACAGAUGUUUUAAUGCAUUUUCUGGGAAAUGUGAUGAGUUUUAUCAUCUUUGCGAAGGAUGUAGUUUACAGUCUUGCUUGUGUGUGUAUACAUCUAUUUUCAAGGAAAAGAAGGGGGAAACGUGCAUACAGUAAAAAGUGUGUCCUUUCUGAAUGCCAUAAGAAAUCCUUCCAGAUGCAUUUCCAGAUGAAUUUUUUUUUUUUAAAAUCAGAAAAUAUUCAGCCUUCUUGUUUUUGUCUUUUUUUUGCACUGAAGGCAAAUGGAAUCUGGUGAUGUGGGAAAACCGAGGAAAAUGUAGUGCAUGUGAGGUGUCUGGCUUCAUACUCAGCUCUGCGGAGACGAAUAGUAGGAGGAAAAAAGGUAAAAAUUCCUACUCCAGUGAAAGUGAAGGCGGCGGGUCCUCCAUCCACAAAACUCAAAUAAAGGGCCCCUGCUCUUCAGUGUGUGAAAAUGAUCAGUGUCCUGCUAAAUAUACUGUCACGUUGAUGACCAAGUCUAGAAACUGCACGCUGUCUUACAUGUAAUUCGUCUCAAGAGACAUUUUUAGUGGGAGCCAGGAAACUCGAACAAUACUGAGAAUUUUGAACAUGCACUACUACUUUACCCUGCAUUCAUUUUGUCCACACUUCAGAAUUUUCCUGUCUGUAUAAAAGAAGUAAUUAUCCUUAUUACACAAGAACAAUUACAAUACAGUUGGAACAAUAUUCAUCAGAUUACAUCCUGAGAUGAUUCUUAA